UAAAAGUCAAGCAUUUAACCGGUUUAAAGCCCUUUCGCUCCUAAACGGCUUCACGGUGAAACCGCGGCGUCUUGGACACGAGCCAUGCUGCGGUGGUUCGUCCGAAUGGUCUGUGUGCUGGGGGCUGCCUAUGCAGCUAAUCAAUAUCUGGAUGUCUGUAUGGAUGCGAAACAUCACAAGUCUGAACCAGGUCCUGAGGACGCGUUACAUGGACAGUGUACUCCUUGGAAGGAGAAGUCCUGCUGUACGGUCAACGUCAGCGAAGAGGCUCACAACGAUCAGUCCUAUCUGUACAACUUCAACUGGAACCACUGUGGGGCCAUGUCUCCAGAAUGCAAGAAGCACUUCAUACAGGACACCUGUUUCUAUGAAUGCUCACCUAAUCUAGGACCCUGGAUCCAGCAGGUUGAUAGUGGUUGGAGGAAAGAACGAAUAGUAGAUGUUCCCCUGUGCAAAGAGGACUGUGAGACUUGGUUUGAUGAUUGUAAGAUGGACCACACCUGUAUGACAAACUGGCACAAAGGCUGGAACUGGACAACAGGGGCAAACCAGUGCCCGUUAGGGACACAGUGCAAGAAAAUUGGAGAAGUCUUCAAAACGGCCAAAGAUUUUUGUGAGAAUAUCUGGAGUAAUUCCUACAAGCACACAACGUACACGAGAGGCAGCGGCUUGUGUCUGCAGCUUUGGUUUACUCCAGCAGAAGGGAACCCCAAUGUGAAGGUGACCCAGUAUUACGCCAAGCUCAAGGGCUCUGCCGACAUGGCCGAGCGAAGCCUACUGCUGCCCUUUGCUCUGCUCGCUUCUCUAGGCAUUCUAAACAUGCAAUGAACUUCUCUUUGAGCUUAAAGUAACACCAGCAGAGAGUCUUCGCUAUUCCCGAGUGACGUUCGUUUCGCUGCAACAAUCAGAAGAACUGAAGAAGCUCUCACAGCUUUAUGGAGAUGCUGAAUCUGGAAGCCCAUUGACCCAAUGUCCAGUUUUUGGACCUUCUGCCACUACCAGAACUUUGUGUCCACUGUGGAAGUAGGAUUAGCCAUUCCUCAUUCUAUACGUACUGACCUGGACUACUAAACUUAUCAAAAUAAGAUCAGCUCUGUGCAUAUAAUAUAUGUAAUAGUUGUAUCCUCUUCACCAAGGGUCUUCUGACUCAAUAUUCACCUUCACGCCUUUUCCCAUUCUCUCCAACUAGGUAGAUUAAUUGGGGAUCUCUCCAUAGAGGGAAGAAUUCACUAGUUAUAGGGUCACGAAUCCAGUAUUUAUACACUAUAGAUGGGGCAGCACCAUGUUUUUUUUAUUAUUAUAAUAUCAUCUCUGCUUCUAGCAGGAGUUCAUUUGCAUAUGGGGCUAAGAAGGGAACCUUUAUGCAUUGGCAUUAUAUUCUGCUGACACCACACAGAUAAUGUUUAUUUUUUUAUGGCCUCUGUCCCAAUCAACGUGCACAAACUGCUUGUGGGAUCACUAGUAUGCAUGCAGGUUACUGUCACUUAUUAACCCGCCUGUGAUCACCAGUGAAGAGUAAUUAAAUAAAUACAGGCUGGAAACGUGAGAAUUGAUAAUAAAGUAAAUAAGUGUGUCA